AGAAAACCGGGGAUCCAAGUCGCUUUCCGGAAGACAUUGAAAACUUGGUUGAUAUAAAGGGAAUUUUCAAAAUACAGCUAAGGAAGAAGAAAGGUGAGGAAAAUGCCUAUAAUGAUGGGAUUUCUCUAGGGGUAGUCAGCAUCAUAAGAGAUCCUAAUGUUAUCUCAAUGUAUGAGAAGAAAGAGCACUUGGAAACUAAUGAAAUUGAUGAGAGUACACCAGAAAAGAUUGGUUCAAAUGCAAAUUUAGCAGAAACCUCCAUCAGAGAAAAAUCAACUGUCAGUAAGGGCAAGGGGAAACGAAUUUCGGCAGAAAAGGAGGUUUCUGCACCAAUUGAGCUUCCCGACACACCUACGGAAUGUACCCAAAGGGAGGUCAAUGUUGAAUUAAAUGAAGAGGUCAAAAGAAACUUGAAUGAUGAAUUUUCAAGCACUGGGAAUGGCAAGAAGCUGAAGAUCAAAAUCAAACAGGAACCGCUCUAGAGCGGGUUCAGUUCAUGAAUAACAUUGAUGAUAUUUUGUUGGCACCUACUAUUGUGUUUAUUGUUAUUUGAAAACAGUUUCAUGCACAGGACGUAUGCCUUCUCUUUUUGGGAUAACUGAAAACUGUGUAACAGACCAUUAAAC